AUGAGCUCAGUCCCCAGCCACCAGUGGCUGGACCAUGUCUUCAGCGCAGUGGAGAGCGAGUUGGAAAUGGGCCCGGAGAAAGAGGAUGCCUCGGAGAGGGAGAUCAGGGUGGUGCUGGAAGAGAAAGAGCUGUGGAUGAACUUUAAGGAGCUCACCAACGAGAUGAUAGUCACCAAAACUGGCCGGAGAAUGUUCCCAGUGCUGAAGGUCGGCAUCUCGGGCCUGGACCCCAAUUCCAUGUACUCUCUCCUCCUGGACUUUGUGGCUGCAGAUGGGAACCGCUGGAAGUAUGUCAACGGGGAGUGGAUUCCUGGUGGCAAGCCUGAGCCCCAGAGCCCGAGCUGCGUCUACAUCCAUCCCAAAUCCCCCAAUUUUGGGGCUCACUGGAUGAAAGCCACCGUCACCUUCAGCAAAGUCAAGCUCUCCAACAAGAUGAAUGGAGGGGGGCAGAUCAUGCUGAACUCCCUCCACAAGUACGAGCCCCGGGUCCACAUCGUGAAGGUCGGGGGGCCUCAGAAAGCGAUCAGCAGCUUUGCUUUCCCGGAGACCCAGUUUAUUGCCGUCACUGCCUAUCAGAACGAGGAGAUCACUGCCUUGAAAAUUAAACACAAUCCCUUUGCAAAAGCCUUCCUGGAUGCCAAGGAGAGGUGCGAGUCCAAAGACAUUCUCAACCCCAGCAAUGAAGCUCAUCAGGCUGGCUAUUCACAGCUUGGGGGUUGGUUUCUGCCAGGCACCAGCUCUUUCUGUUCCUCUCCUGCCCAGUCUUCGUUCUCAGGCAGUCCUGGCCUCUCAUCUGGCCACAGCUCAUACUGCGAGACACACUCUGGCCUGCGGAACCAAAGGGCCUCACCUUAUCCGAGCCCAUACAGCCAGAUCAACGCCUCACCAACUAAUUAUGUAGAUAACUCCACUGGCCUCUCCCUGGUGCCUGCCCCUGACAGCUGGCCUGGCCUGAGUCUCUCCAGCUCUAUGGGGGUUCUACCCAGCACUGCCUCCCCCUCAAGUCAAUAUUCCAGCCUGUGGUCCCUCACCAGCAACUCUAUCAGUCCUGCUACUCAGUCCAGCUCCAACCCCCAGUUCCCGAGAGGCUCUUCGGUCUCUUACAGCAGCUUGGCCUCUGCUAUCCCAGCCCCCUCCACAUCCCCAGUCUAUGACAAUGCCCUGGCAGAGGUGCCCUCAAGUGAUGGUCAGUAUGACUCUGCUAUUCCCCGUCUGGCAUCCACUUGGGCAACAGUCACUCAGACUUACUGA